UAGGGCGAGCUUGUCACAUCGCAUACCCGCUGGCGCAUUGUUUCCUGCGGGAGCUCCUCAAUAGUUUGAGAGAGAUAGAUAGUGUGGCCGUCCAUCCAACACACCUCCUCUCUCCCCUCUCCGAUCCCCGCGGUGCUCCCGGGCUUGACACGGGAGACAAAACCCGCGGAGAGGACUAUGAAUGGUAAAGCACCGAGGAGGCCGAGGGAGAGCAAAAAGGAGGCGGUGAGCCUUUGUAGUCGGGGAGGAAUGCGGAAAUGUCCCCGCUCCGUGUCAAACCUCUCUGAAGGGGGUCAGGCCACAUUCAGCCGGCGUGGGAAAGCCAGGCAGAGACGGAGCUCACACAGGCGAGUGGGGCUGCAGUGGCAUGGGCCUAUCCGGGGAUAUAUGGAAGAAAAAAGGAGAAGAAAGAGAGGAGAAAAUCCAAAGAAGAGCGUGGUUUUGGAGGGCUGUAUCACGCGUUUGCCUUUGUCCUAUGACCCCCCCACAUGCUAUACCCCCUUCCCCUCGUCACCCCCCACCCACAGAGUUGCAGUGAGAGUGCGUGUGUGAGUUUUCGUACUGCCCCCCUCCACCUCCUCCUCCCUUGUUUGAGUGUCUCUCUGCCUGGACUGGUGUAGUCUGAGGGAUGGGGGGUUAGAGGCUGCACCGUCCAACUACCUGUGUGGCCCCCGCAUGGAGGACAGUGGACAGUGAUGCGUUUGGUGCAGGACAUUUUAUCUGACACGCGAGUGUCUCCUCAGCGUUUUAUCGGACAUGCCGACGUAACGACAUUUUAUUGACAUCAUAAACUAAGGUAAACUCUAAAAGUGUGGAUAUGUUUGCAGGUUAUUGUGCAAUAAGUUUAUUUGAGAACAUUUGGAUGUUACUUUACAAUACGGACACAUUAUAAAACCCUAAAACAGCAAUUUCCGACUUUCUAGAAUUCACUUUAAUUAGCUUAUUUGAGCCCACGCGCAAUUAAAUUAGAAAAAAUUAGGAGACGCUGUAUUAGCUAAUGAAUACACUUUUAAAACUCUGCUAUAUAACUGUUUCACGCAAUUAUAUCGGUUUUGUGUCUGAAAGUUGAGUUUUAUAGCGUUUUAAAUGGACUGUUGCUGUAGGAAGUUCAGACAAUGCAAUCAGACAGCCACGUGCUCUCAAAGUUUGUGUCGCCCCAUGCACGGACUUUGAUAAAACAGGACAUUCAAGCGUUAGAUUGGUAUUUAGCACGCAUUGAACGGGUUGUUGUGUAAAGUUUGUGUUCAUUGUUUGUGUGCUCUCUUUAAAAUGUUUUAGUUUAAUUUCCUUUAACAGAGAAAGACAGUUCAGAUGAGCUUAACAACAUUGUAUGUUAGGUGAAUUUUAGAAAGCGCGAGACAGUUUGUUUCUCGCAAGCCUCUCUGAAAAAGAGCCUAAACCUGAUUAAUUUGAAUUAUUUCACUUUUUGUUGGUGGUAGGAGGACAUGAGUUGCUAUGCGUAAUAGGAGGAGGAGUGGAAGUUUGGACGCAACGGGGCUCUUGUGUUGUUAGUCGGAAUAAAACAUGAUGACAGCCCUGUUCUUGCUUACCUGGAGCAAAAUUUGACCAGAUUUGACAAAGAUGGUGUCUUCCUCCAUCUGUGUCUCCCUGUCAUCUAGGCAUUGCAUGUGCCAACUUUUUUCUGUGAGAAUGUCUUUGUGAGAAACUCUCUGGCUCGUCACCCUCGCCGGGAUUCCCCGCAAUAUUUUCAACAAGAGACGAGGAACUACAAUAAUCAGCAAAAAUGGACAGAGAAAGUGCGGGGACUCAGUAUGAGCCUGUGGCCGAGAUUGGAGAAGGCGCUUAUGGGAAAGUGUACAAGGCGAGAGAUCUGAAGAACGGGGGACGCUUUGUAGCCCUAAAAAGAGUUCGAGUCCAGACGGAGGAAGAGGGCAUGCCUCUCUCCACAAUCCGGGAGGUGGCGGUACUGAGGCAGCUUGAGGCCUUUGAGCACCCCAAUGUUGUCAGGUUGUUUGAUGUGUGCACAGUGUCUCGGACUGACCGAGAAACCAAACUCACUCUGGUCUUUGAGCAUGUGGACCAGGACCUGACCACCUACUUGGAGAAGGCCCCCGACCCUGGCGUCCCACCUGAGACCAUCAAGGAUAUGAUGUACCAGCUGCUCCAGGGGCUAGACUUCCUGCACUCACACCGCGUGGUUCACCGUGACCUGAAGCCCCAGAACAUCCUGGUGACCAGCGCGGGACAGAUCAAACUGGCCGACUUUGGUCUAGCCCGCAUCUACAGCUUCCAGAUGGCGCUCACCUCAGUGGUGGUGACAUUGUGGUACAGAGCCCCCGAAGUGCUGCUGCAGUCCAGUUAUGCUACACCGGUGGACCUGUGGAGCGUCGGCUGUAUCUUUGCUGAGAUGUUCAGGAGAAGACCGCUAUUUCGAGGAAACUCAGAUGUUGAUCAGCUGGGAAAGAUUUUUGAUGUUGUCGGGGUUCCUUCAGUAGAAGACUGGCCCCAAGAAGUGGCCCUACCACAGAGUGCCUUCACCCCUCGGCCCCCUAAGCCGAUAGAGGACUUGGUUCCAGACAUGGACGAGCAGGGACGGGCACUCUUACUGCUGUUCCUCGCCUUCAACCCCUCCAGGAGGAUAUCGGCCUUCGCAGCACUGAGCCACCCGUACUUUCAAAGUGUGGACAGCCUCAGUCGGAGUGUGUACGCGGCCCAGCCAAUCCCCAGCAACAAACCCACCAUGGAGGAGAGGAGAGCCUGAUGGUCCUCCUCCUCCACUUUGAAUCCCAUGCAGUGUCUAUAAAGAGUAUUCACAGUGCCCCUCCUUAGUGUGUUUCAUGUUUGAUUGUUUUUACUGUGUUAGUGUUCAUUAAGCUUGUUCGACACUGAUUAACAGACUUAAAGGCAAAGUAAGAAUCCUGUAGAGGCUGAUAAGACAUAAGUGAAAUAAACUUCAAGUCAGUGUUGAGUUAAUGUAAUUAAAUCUGUAGCAGCUUUUGCAUCCUUUGUGAAAGAGCUCAACCCUCUGUCAAGUGUGCAUUGUUAGCCUCACUGGAUGACAGUUUCCACUUGAUUGGAUUGAGGUCUGGAUUAUCAUUUGGUCAUUUGAUAAUGCUCACUUUAGGCUUUGGAGAAAGUCUGCCUCGAACACUGCAGCAGAUUUUUCCUUCAAAUUCCUCAAUAAUGCUACAUUUAUUUCACCCUGUUGUCACACAGCUUCCAGGGACUGCUCUACAAUGACAUACUACCAACACAGAGAGUCUACAUGUUUGUAGAAAAAUACAACUGAAAUGUCAUGAUGAUUUUUGACAUUUUCUCUCUCUUUGCCGCAGUUGCUAUAAGCUUAGAAUCUCACAUUUCAGAGGGAACCCUCGUUGUCUUUUAGACCUAUCUGUAUAUAUUUUUUCUUUGACUUGAAAAAGGUUUUGCUGGCAUAUCAGUGUCAAAAAAGCUUAAUCAACUGUGAGUGUACAUAAAAACAAAAAAACAUGAGACACACCAAGGGGGAAUAUUUUUAUAUUUUCAACGUUCAAAGCUCGAGGAAACAAAAGUGAGGCUGAAAAUGGUGUCAAGAACUAUGGCACCCCCCUGAAAAAUGCACAAAAGCUCUCCUCCUUCCAUGAACUGAUGGAUUGUAAUUGCUGCUUUUAGGUUGUUAUGAUUGACUGUAAACAAUGCAAACAGUCAUUGUCUGCUAGAAGUGAGCAGGAGGCCAGUGACCAGCUUCCAGGAGCCCUCUUUCCCGGGGGGAGCUGGACCAUACAGGAGCCUGUGUGAACAUCAUGGACCUCGCCUGCCUAUUAUGCUCACGUUGUUUGUUUGUAUGAUGAGCAGACACACAGAAUCAGCCAUCUCACAGAUAUGUACACGACAUUUACCGUGUGCACCACCACUGUCCUAAGCACGUUCACGUAUACACCUUACUGAAACAUUAUUGGGCAUCACAUGCCAGCCACUCACUGCCAUGUUGUGACUUAUCAUUCCAUUUCUUCAUGUAUUUUAUUGCUGCCACCUUGAGGAUGUCCUGAGGAACUGCAGACCAGUAGCGGGAUUCUAAUGGUUUCUGCAAUCUUCAAGGAGCUUUUCAUAACGGGCUGAUCAGCGCUGAGACAAUGAUGAAAGAAGCUUUUCUAAAAACGUUCCUGCCACUCACUCUGUGUUUUUUAACUUUCUUGUCAGCCGUCACAGGCUUUUAUCAUUUUAAAAUACAAUGAUUAUUUACUUUCCUAAUGAUACAGUAAUGUACAGGCUUGCAAUAGGUGGAAAAAGUCCCACCAGCACUAUUCCACAUGAAUACAUUCGGCACAGAAUAGCAUUGCCAAUAUUAUGUAUUUAAUUUAAAUUUUAUUGACAAGUCUUAUAUGCUUGUUUUCAUCAAGUUGUUACUUGAUUUAUUUUUUAUUUUUACAGAUUCUGGGGAACACAACAUUCAGAAAACAGUGACACCAACUCCAGAUGAUGACAGAAUAUGUGUAAGAGUAGUUUGACAAAGUGAGGAAUGUAUUGAGGAUAGGUAUUGGUACUGUACAGUAUAUAGUGCUAAGUGCAAGCUCUAAUGAUAGAAAUCUUUUGAUACGUGCAUUGUCAGCCCAUAGAUAUGUUGUAAAAUGGAUAGAUGUAGAGUAGUGAGGGUCAGCGGAAUGUUGUAUGGCAAGAGAAUUUUGCCUUUUGGAAAUGUUGGGUGGGCUCUGUGGGUGCUUGUUGAAUUUUAAUCUGCUUCGGAUUGAGAGUGACUACGAACUUUACAAUAAUGCACAAAUAUUUUGUGUACAUUUUUCACUCUUUAUUUUACAGUCGUGUCCCGUCAUAUUUAGUUAUUACCAGCAAAGACAGAGCAAGUUAUGCAGAGUUGUAUUUUUGUAUCUAGUAGUUCUUGCAGAACAGUAACAUAUUUUAACACUGGUUUACGUUUUCUUAACAGGUAGUGCUGCUAGCACACACACACACAGACGCACUCUCUAACUCUCUCAGGUUCUUUUAAAGGACGUCCGAGUCUUUCGGACACAGUUUGCACAUCUUUGGGCUACUAACUGACCACAUCACUACUCUUUCAGGUUUCCUUUCAAGCUGUUCCAUGAUCAUAUCAUUGAUCAAAGUCUACUGUCAUUCCUAUUUAUCAAUCUUAUGUUACUGUAGUCAUUACUGUCUAAAGAUAACUGCCUGUAUCAACUGUUUUUAUCAGCUACUUUUAAUUGUAAGAUGGCGAACACAAUAUAGAUCAUGUAUAAUUGCUUGACUAAGCACUGUGUGAAUUUUUUAUUUGAUAACUCAUGACUCAUAUCUGGUGUCAGUGAUGCAUACAAUGCAAUGAAAGCUCCAAAUACUUACGGCAUAGGGGUUUACAAUUACAUGACUGCUUUUGUUUCAUUACACUUGAUACAAUCACUGUAUACUUUUUUCAUAAUCUAACCAGGUUUAAACACAUUUCAAUCUCAAAAGAUAACACUUUAUUCAACUGUUAAACCUAAGAAAGCUUCAAUGUGUUUAAACCAGUGUCACCUAAACCAACUUUAAACUCAAAUUACACAUGUUCCUGUGUCACAUUGUUUUUAGCAGAUGAAAAUGGAUGCUAGAAAAAAACACAAUCAUGGCAUUAUACUUAUGUAUGAUUGCUGGCGUUGGUGUCCUAUUAUUGUGUUACACCAAUUGAAUAAAAAGCAGCUUUUUCAGAA